GUCCACAUGACCUAGUGGCGAUUGUGGCCCCACAUGCGAUGCCAGCACUGCUCUCGCCCGUGCCGGUUGUCUGGCGCUACGUUAACAGCGGACAGUCGUUGCCCAUUCCCCCUCGCUCGGCACUGUGCACGCACCCACCCCAUCCACACAAGUGCACGCCGCACUCCCGCAAGAGACAUGUGACUUUCGUGCUACCUUUCCCCACUCACACUAAUGGCUACACCUCGUCGUGCCCUACUUGUCCGAAGACUCGGCGCCAGGUAGUUAACCAAUCUUAUGUGCAGUUCUCAGUUUCUUCCAUCACUGAUGGAAUAACACACAAGAUAGUUACCACUGCCGGUCCACCUAUUAGGCAUAACGCCGUUCUGUUUAUUCCAAUACCACCUCAUGCCGUUUGUCCUAAAAAACGUGGCAAUGUUUCAUUGACUCUAUCUUGCGACAGUUUGAGUUUUGUCUUGCUUAUCUGGACGACUUUCUCGUUUUCAGCAGCUCAGUGGAGGAACAUGAAAAUCAUCUGUCCACAGUCCUCCAUACCUUGAACUCCAACAGUGUUGAGGUCAACAAAGAUAAGUUUCAGUUGCGCCAGGUGUCAGUCUCCUUCCUAGGUUACACCAUCUCCGCUGAUGGAAUACAGCCUCCCAAAUCUCAUUGGCAGGCUAUCACGUCUCUGCUGGCCCCAGCUACUUACAAAGAGCUAUGCCGUUUCCUCAGCACCAUCAAUUACUAUUGUCGCCAUCUGCCUUCCCCUGCCACUGUUCAGGCACCCCUGACAGUUGCGCUAUCAGCAAACAAACUUCCGGUAUCAAACCUGUCUCUUGGACUGCUCCGAUGCUAGAGGCAUUCAAGGCCCUGAAGACUUCUUUAGCUGAAGCUGUGACGCUCGCCCAUGCCGACCCGCUGGCCGAGUUAUUCAUCACUAUGGACGCCAGCAACAUCACGGUGGGGGCAGUGUUGCAACAACGCAAAGGUGACACAGUUUCUCCCCUUCAUUUCUUCUCCAAGAAACUAUCUACGGCUCAGAGAAAAUAUUCUGCAUUCAAUAGAGAGCUCCUAGCUGUUUACGAGGCAAUCAAACAUUUCUGCCCCGACGUCGAGGGACUUUCGUUUUUUGUCAUCACCGAUCACAAACCACUGGCAGAAGCAUUCUGCAACCCACCUGAGGACCUACCCACUUGAUGUUACCGCCACUUUGACCUGGCUUCUCAAUUCACAAUGGGCGUCCAUUCCAUCAAGGGUGCAGAUAACAUCGCUGUGGAUUUCUUCUCGCGAAUCAGUGCUGUUUCCCUCAUCGUUGAUCUUUCCGAUCUGGUCUCCCUCCAAGCUACUGACGAAGAUUCUCAGGCUCUCCUACGAGACCCACAAACAUCACUUGUUUUCACAGAGGCAAAAUUUCCUGGCGUUUCUGAUGAGGUGUGGUGUGAUUCUUCGACUGCCACCCUACACCCUUUGCUCCCAUCCGGGCUGCACCGAUAGGUUUUUGAUGCCCUGCAUAACCCAGCCCACCUGGGCGUUCGAGCCACCACACAUCUCAUGUCAGAACGUUUUGUUUGGAAGAAUAUCAAACGGGACUGUCAAACCUGGGCACACAGCUGCAUCGCUCGCCAGCGCAACAAGAUCAGCUGCCCCACCUCCCCGCCUCUGGACAAGUUCGACAUUCCCGCAGGACGAUUCCGGCAUGUACAUAUUGAUCUGAUCAGGCCUCUUCCUCCUACAGAGGGCCAUAGAUAUAUCUUAUCACCUAUUGACCAUUUGUCUCACUGGGUCGAAGCUGUCCCUCCCCCUAACAUUAAUGCCGAGACGGUAGCCAAGGUUUACAUUGGCUCAUGGAUCGCUCGUUUCGGGUGCCUGACCACUAUCAUCACCAAUCAGGAUCGACAGUCCGAAUCCUCCCUUUUCACCAUCCUCUGCAAUAUCUGCGGUAUUAAAAAAAUACACACUACCGCCUAUCACCCACAAAGCAAUGGGUUUGUGGAGAGAUGGCACCGCACCCUCAAGAUGGCCCUUCGAUGCCAUGAUUGUCUCUGGUCGGAAGCUCUCCUGUGGAUGCUACUUGGUCUACGCUCGACCUAUAAACCUGACCUACAGGGGACUAUAUCCAAAUCUGUUUUCGGUGAGAAUCCGGUCCUACUGGGAGAACUUAUUCUUCCCCAGGUUAGCAAGGAUCUUGCCCCCUCGCCAGAUUUCGUUAGCCGGAUGCAAACGCAUUUUCAACAAACAUGUUUGCACCUGCCCAUCAGUCACUCACCACCCGAGACUAAUGUUCCCACCACACUCUCCGACUGCUCCCACGUCAUGCUGCGUGACGAUGCGGUUAGGCAGCCUUUUAAACCUCCUCAUCUUGGCCCUAACAAGGUCCUGCGGUGGGGGGACACAACUUUUGAUAUGAUUAAAGACCACACACAGACAGUUUCUCUGCAUUGCCUGAAACCGGUUCAUCGACCCUGAUGGUCUCACACCGCCACAGUCGGACUCUGCAGACGAUCCAUCCUUGACCGAGAAUGAAGACGUGCUCCCAUGAACCUCACCUUACACCUCUUCCGCUGAAGACUGCCACCGUUCGCUGGUUUCCCGACCUCGUCCCCUGUUUCACCCUGCACAGGUUUCGCGCCCUCGCAUCCAUCGGAAACUCACACACUUACUAUCAGUUUGUCCCGCAGCAUGCCGCGGCACCGAGUGAACGACGUUUCUAUAGUGAUGUUCGAUGACUAAGUGCUCAUUCUUUUGACAGAUACCAAGGUCCCGCCAUUGGACAGUUCCUUACACAUCAAUAUUGCACACAACCUCACACUCCCACACGAAUGUGACUGUGCAUCUCUACAUGCUUUCAUUUCUACAGAUGGCUCGAUCCACUUAAGGACCACACACGCCUCCACCACGUCGUUGACCGCCCCGCCCGCUUACUCCCUGGCCGGCUACCAUCUCAUCCAGCCUCGGUGGUUGACUGACUAUGAAGUGGACCUGCCUCUCGCUGCUCCACCUGCACAACUCACCUUGUUCGAGAUGGAAGUACCUGUGAUGCACCUGCCUACGCACACGAUUUCCACUGAUGUUGACACCUAGGAGAACCCCUUCCAAGGGAACGGAUCGCAGUGCAUUUCCUAACUAACUGCCACUUGGACCUGUUGAAGGCAUGGACAGCUUGGUGAGAAUGUGUGUUAAAGAUCAUUAAAAAAUGAGAAAGUGCUUGUGAAACUUUUUAGCAACUCAUGAGGAUUUACUAUGUUUGCAAGACAGGACUUGUAUCAAAUGAUAGGCUAUGUAUCUUUAAAUGUAAUCUUUGCUUACGCAAAAAGGACAUCACUUAUGGUGAAGAUGCCUAAUUUUUUAUUAAAAGUAUAACUUGUAGUUAUUUUGUGAUAUUGUACAACAGUACACUGUAUGUAAUUAUUUUGUAUGGAGAUUUUCGUAGGGCCAGUACACAAAAGUAUAAAUUUGAAGAGACAUAUGUACUAUAGUAUAGAUAAGAUUUCUUAAGUCAUAUUUUUUGUGUCUCGAUUUUUAACCCACUGUCUGGGGUCACUUGUGGUCAUUGAAUUGGCAGUUCGCUAUUAGCAAUACCUAUCUGGUCAAUCCAAUGAGGGGGUGAUGUGACAAAGCAAGUUGGGAUAAUUUUAAUUUCUCUCUUGUUUUGUUAUCUGCCUCCUUAAAAUUCAUUUUUUCAAUUUUAACUAAUUACCAUUAACAUACAAGAAUAUAAUCUGAUCUUCAUAAAAGAGAAAGAUUGGCCCUCAGUUUUAAAGAAUAUAACACCAGAUCUAAUUUUGUGCUUAGAUUUACGUAUGUAAUUGAUUUUCUAAUUUAUUUUGACUAUUAUUAGUUAGUAUCUUUCAUUACAGGUGAAAAUCAGUAAUUGUUUUGUAACUUAAAUUCUAUCAUUGACAUAUAAACAUAUGUAGAUUCUGCACUAAGUACAAACAUUUGGAGGAACAACUAAUAGUAAUUUUAAAGGAUCUAUUUGGACCUAUUCAAAAACAUGUUAGUGAAGCUAGUCAUUAAUUAAUUCCAAAGUAAUUAACAGUUUUGUCAAAAGUAAUGUUUGUGUGACUAUAUUUAUUAAUUUCAUCAUUUUUUAACAAAUAAUUUGGCCUAACUCUUGCAGUAGAAGAAACUGUUACAAGGAACCAAUGUUUCGAUGUAUUCAGUUAAUUUAAUGAGUUAAAUUUUAAUUGUAAUUUCUGUAAAUUUAACUUUAAAACAAGGUGUAGUUUCAGCGCCUAUUAUUGUGAUGAUAUAUAAGGGACCAAUUUUUAGUCACGAGUCAGUCAGUCCACGGCCGAGUUUCAGACAAGGAACGUGUGUUGGUUAGAAGGACAACAAUGCUUCAACUCAACUGAGGAAUAAGUGUUAAACAAUUAGGCCAUGUGUUAAAACACUGACAGUGUCUGCUCCAUACAUACCUCAUUAUUCUUUAAGAACUGUGAACUUUGUGGACAUGUUUGUACUGCUCGUAGAUGAUCAACAGAAAACUAUUGUAGCAGGAUGUGGAGCUUCACCUGCAAACUAUUAAUGAGGCUUAUGGAAAGUUUAAACAAUAGUGAACUGGCCAUACAAAUAUAACUGUGUAUUAUUGGGGGUGAAAGUAAAAGACUGUGCAAUGCAACUGUGCAUAUGUUGGCUAGAUUAUUUACAGUAGUCAGAGUACAAAUUACAAAUCCCAUUUUUCAGCCAGUGUAGCGACGCAGUAUGAUGACACUAAGGACAACAAACAAAGAAAUAAAAGCAGGUGGAACUGCUACACAAAGACUGUGUUUUAUUGGCAGAACACUUACUCCCAAACCUCCCACUGUUCAUAUACUUUUGAUGAAAAGUCAAUAAAUAAAGAAAAGAAGAAUCAUUUGAG